CAAAAGAAAAAAAGGAACAGGAGUUGUGAAGAUAAUAACAUGUCUGUUCAUGUGAAAAUGGAACAGCCUGAUGAUCUACUACAAGUUGUUUACAGUGAUGAUGAGAAUCAGGAUAGUUCGUUCAGUAAUGUUAUGAACCUGACAACAGAAACUGAAUUUCAAAGAGAGAUUGAACCAGGGUUAGAAAGAACAUGUGCUCCAGGAAAAGUUGAUUCCUUGGAAGAAAGUUUUCUACAUACUGGUUUGGAGUUUGGUAAAACAAAAGAAAAUAAAGAAACAAAUUGUGAUAUAGCAUCAGAGAAAAUUGAGAACAUAUCUGUUCAAGUGAAAGUGGAACAGCCUGAUGAUCUACUACAAGUUGUUUCAAAGUUCAGUUACAGUGAUGAUGAGAAUCAGGGUAGUUCGUUCUGUAAUGUUAUGAACCUGACAACAGAACCUGAAUUUCAAAGAGAGAUUGAAUCAGGGUUAGAAAGAACAUGUGGUAAGUACAGAAAUCACCUAAAACGUAAGUUUCUUGACACCAGCUCAACACUUACCACUUGACUUGAUUGGUAUAACUGAUCUUGUAACCCUAUAGUAAACAUAAUAAAGAAUACAAAAGCAUAAGGGUUUUUAUACCAUAUCUUCAUGAAAUUCUUUAAACAUUAGUAAUAUUUUGUACACAAAAACUUAGGUGUUUAAUUACAUAUCUCUACU